AUGAAAUCUUCAAGAAGUUAUGAUUAUUUAUGCCACUUUUUUCACACAAAAUUUGUAAAAUUAGCUAAAGAUACAAUGACUUCUUUACCAACUCUCACAAAACCCAUCUCAGAAACUUCAUUUUUUCUACCAAAAUUAAGCAAUUUGGAAUUUUUAAGAUCAAAGAUUAGACCUUUAACCAGAUCCAAUGUUUUCAAGAACUCAACUUUUUCCUCUGGUGGACAAUAUGGUCCAACCUUUGAUGUUCCACUUCUUUCUUGCUCAGAGGUUAUUGAGAGGAUGAGAACUAGUCGAGAAGGUCACAACACCAAGCAGCUUUAUUUGGCAAUGUACUCAAGCGUUUUUGGUGGAAUCACAACUGAUACAGCUGCCAUGGUGAUCCCCAUGGAUGAUCACAUGGUUCAUAGAGGGCAUGGUGUCUUUGAUACUGCUGCCAUUAUGGAUGGAUACCUUUAUGAGUUGGACCAACACCUUGAUCGUUUCAUGGGAUCUGCAACCAUGGCCAAAAUACAAAUUCCUUUUGAUAGGGAAAGCAUUAGACGGAUUCUCAUCCGUACAGUAAGUGUUUCCAAGUGCAGAAAAGGUUCUUUAAGAUACUGGCUUUCGGCAGGACCUGGUGAUUUUCAACUAUCUUCAUCCGGCUGUCAUCAAGCAACUCUUUAUGCCAUUGUAAUUAAAGAUCAAUCACCUCCUGAUCACAGGGGCAUUAGAGUUGUAACGUCAUCCAUCCCGAUUAAACCCCCACAGUUUGCUGUCAUGAAAAGUGUUAAUUAUCUUCCGAAUGCACUUUCCAAGAUGGAAGCAGAAGAAAAUGAUGCAUAUGCAGCAAUUUGGUUGGAUGGCGAUGGCUUUGUUGCAGAAGGCCCGAACAUGAACGUGGCUUUUGUUACAAAGGAAAAGGAACUUCUGAUGCCUUGUUUUGACAAAAUUCUCAGUGGCUGUACAGCUAAAAGAGUUGCGGUUCUUGCAGAAAAUCUAGUAAAGGAAGGUAAACUUCGGGGCAUUAGAGUAGAAAAUGUGUCUGUACAGGACGCGAAAAGAGCAGAUGAGAUGAUGCUAAUUGGUAGUGGGGUUCUUGUACGCUCGGUGGUGCAGUGGGAUGAAGAAGUCAUCGGUAAUGGUAGAGAAGGUCCUGUGACACAAGCUCUGCUAAAUCUUCUCUUGGAGGAUAUGAAGUCAGGGCCUCCCACGGUGCGAGUUCCCGUUCCCUAUUGAUGAG